GUGGAGAGAGAGAGUGAGUGAGAGAGAGGCGAGACAAAGAUGGCGGCGACGGCGGGUAAAGCAGCGUGACUCGGUGUAGCGGCGGCACACAACCCGAAAUAAAACCGCUGUGCGAGUGGCGACUGGGAACAUGGAGGGCUCGACUCAGUAGGCGACCGCCUGUGACAGCCCUGCACUGCGAAACACACCUUCUGGCCCGAAAGAGCGUUCGUCGUGUGUCUGAGAGAGGGGCGAAUCUCACCGGGAGCAUGGCUUCGCGCAGCAACCAGUACAUCUUCGGGGAGUUCAGCCCGGAUGAGUUCAAUCAGUUCUUUGUGACUCCUCGCUGUUACGUUGAGCUUCCCCCCUUCAAUGAUAAGGUCUCCUGUGUCAGUCAUAACUCAGGAGGUUACUGCCCUCCUGCUGUGCCUUACAUUACGGAAUCAGUGAGACGGCAGGUUUGCGGAGAAGACUACCAGCACAUUGAGUUUGGUGUUGAUGAGGUGAUGAGCUCGGAGCCGGUGUCCAUGAAAGACCCCUUGUACAAAGUGUCCAGCACUCUAAACCCCCAGGCUCCUGAGUUCAUCCUGGGCUGCCAAGCAGCUCAGAAGACCCUUCCUGCAGCCACACCCAUUGCAGACAUUCCAGAUGGCACAGACUUUGGUUCUGUGGACUGCGCUGACUCUGAGGCUUCUGCCCUGGACAGUCACCAGGCCUGCUCCGAUCUGGACGGGGUUUCCAGCAGCCUGGGCCAACGGGAGCGGAAGAAAAAGAAAAAACGACCGCCAGGAUACUACAACUACCUAGAGGGCUCCAGCAACAGCAGCGGCGGAGCUGUGGACGGAGUGGCGGCCUCUGGGCUAGUGAACGGACAUGCGCUCAGUGCCCCGGCUCUGGCUUCGGAGGACAUGGUUGGAGAGGUGCUGUCGGGGACCAACUUGGCCCCUGCCGCCCCUCUCGCUUCCGCCCCAUCCACAGCUCGGGCUGCCCCUCCCUCUAGUCAGAGGACUUGUGAUAGCCCUGAUGAAUCUUCUUUGGACUUGACGAGUGGAGCUGCCUCUUUGUCGGACGGUAACGCUGCGGCCUCCUCGUCGUCUUCCUCUUCCUCCUCUCAGAGCAGUGGGCUGGCGGAGGGGGCCAGGACUGCAGAGCAGCACGCGGACCCCCUGGCUUUAGAGAGCCCCGAACUGCAGGGCAGGGGAGGGCACAGCCCCUGCCCGAACUCCCCCCCUCCCCCUCCUGCUGCUGUGGCCACCACUGCACCUGCUACUACUGACGAGGAUCAGCCCGAGGGCUCAGGCCAGGCUAACGGGCUGCCAGAAGCAGCCCCCGCUGACGAAACGGCGGACAGAUUGCAGGACUCAUCUGAGACGGGUGAGGCCCAGCUGCGUUCCGCUCCGGCCUCGCCCCCUUCGGACUCAGAGGCUCAGCCUGUGACCGAGCAGGCGUCUUCGACUGCUCCAGCUGCAGCCUCUGUGGCCAACCCCCCAAAAUCCUGGGCCAGCCUCUUCCACAACUCCAAGCCUCUGCCUGGAGGCCCUCAGGCCUAUGUGGAGGUGAAAAAUAUUUCCACUGUUGUUGCUGUGUCCCCAGCUACCGCUGAGCUGCCUGAGAAGGUGUGUGAAGUGCGGGAGGGCCCUGUCCCUGUCUCUGAGGAUCCAAUGGCCCCUAAAUUGGCAGAACUUAUUGAGAAUGUGAAGUUGAUACACAAACCAGUGUCUUUGCAACCGAGAGGACUGAUCAACAAGGGAAACUGGUGCUAUAUCAAUGCUACCCUGCAGGCACUGAUUGCGUGCCCCCCAAUGUAUCAUUUGAUGAAGUCUAUUCCCAUCUUCAACGAGACGCAGCGACCCUGCACCUCUACGCCAAUGAUGGAUAACUUUGUUCGGCUUGUGAAUGAGUUCAGCAACAUGCCGGUCCCCUCCAAGGCCAAACAGCAAGCUGCUGGAGAGAAGAUAAUUAAAGAUAUCAGACCAGGCGUUCCCUUUGAGCCCACAUAUAUCUACAGACUCCUCACCCUCAUUAAAUCCAGCCUUUCUGAGAAGGGUCGGCAGGAAGACGCGGAGGAGUAUCUGGGCUUCACCCUGAAUGGACUGCAUGAGGAGAUGCUGGCACUGAAGAAGCUUAUCUCUCCACAGGAAGAGAAAGUGUCCACACCCAAUGGGCCAGGGUCUCACCCAGGUGCAGAGGAAAACCCUGCUGAGAAGGAGGGGGAGGAGGGCAGUGAGGAUGAGUGGGAGCAGGUGGGACCCAGGAACAAAACUUCCAUCACCCGCCAGGCUGACUUCAUCCGCACCCCCAUUACAGACAUAUUUGGAGGGCACAUAAGAUCGGUGGUGUACCAGCAGAGUUCGAAGGAGUCCGCCACUUUGCAGCCAUUCUUCACCCUGCAGCUGGACAUCCAAUCAGAGAAGAUACGCACAGUUCAAGAGGCCUUGGAGACCAUGGUGGCGCGCGAGUCUGUUCAGGGCUACACCACUAAAACCAAGCAGGAGAUUGAGAUCAGCCGGAGGGUGACUCUAGAGGAGCUUCCUCCUGUGCUGGUGCUUCACCUCAAGAGAUUUGUCUUUGAAAAGACUGGUGGCUGCCAGAAGCUGAUCAAGAACAUUGACUACCCUGUUGACCUGGAGAUUAGUAAAGAUCUCCUCUCACCAGGAGUGCGGAGCAAAACAUUGAAAGGCCAAAGAACCUACAGGCUCUUUGCAGUUGUUUAUCACCAUGGGAACAGCGCCACGGGCGGCCACUACACUACAGAUGUCUUCCACAUCGGGCUGAACGGCUGGCUGCGCAUCGACGACCAGGCAGUGAAAGUGAUCAACCAGUAUCAUGUGGUGAAGCAGACUGCGGAGCGCACUGCCUACCUGCUGUACUACCGUCGUGUUGACCUGCUGUAGAAACCGCACGCACACGCGGCAACCGUGCCCACAUACACACGCACGCACUCUCUCUCUAACGCAACACUUUUACACACACACACACACACACACACACACGCACACACAGACACGCACAUGCCUCAACAGGAACACUGCCCAACUUCUCUUGCGAGAUUUUUCCUCUUCCUGCCUCCCUUUCUCCCCCUCGUUCCUUGCUUUUCCGGAGAGCCAGCUUUUUCCAAUAAAUUUUUUUCUUCCUUGAUAUAUAUAUCUUUUUUUUUGUUUGUUUGUUUUUUUUUGGAAGAAUAGACAAACACAUACCUAAAGACUUUAAGAUCGAGUCCCCCCCCUCCCUUCACAUGCAGCCCCACCUCUCACCGCAGGAGUGGAGAUAUCUAGGGACGAUGGAGACAGAUGCUGCAGAAAUUGGGGUUGGGGGGGCUUCUGACACAGACGGUAUGGACCGGAGACACUUCAAUACCCGCAGCCUCGUUUUAGACUGGCACACUGUAAGAACUCCAGCUAGCUGAGGCUAAAACUGAUGGACUGCUGGAGAGAAUUCAUUCUUUCUUUCUUUUUUUUUGUUUUGUUUCUGUUUAAUCUACUUUUUAAUGGCAUAGCGAGAGGGAAAAAAAAUCAAGUGUUUUGCCUUUUAGCAAGGGGAUUUUGUUGGCCGGAUGAAUUGCAGCGGUUCAGCGAAGCCGGAUGAAAAUCUUGACUCAAGUUAAAUCUAGAGGCCCUGCACCAGCAAACUACAACAGAAAAUAAAUGUCUAGAUCACGACGUGCGAGUUUUAUAUCUGAACCCCACCCUCCUAUCCCCGAAGCGAGACACUCUGCUCCACCGCCUCUGCCACCUCCUCGCUCUGCCCCCAUUCCUCACGAUCUUGACGCUCUCAGGCUGAGCUAACACUGGAGCCAUCGGAUAAAAAAACAAGGACACCAGGCUUGGGGAAGAAGUGCUGCGGUGGGCUGAGACGAAAAGAAAAAGAAAAAAAGGAAAAAAAAAACUAAAUCGGCUUCUUUGUUUGCAAGAACCUGGGUGUGGUUUCUGGGUGUAGAAUUAGACUGAUUAUCUAACAAUUUUAAUGCGCUUUAGGACAUACGAUGAUUUACAAAAAGCUUUGUGCACGUAAAAAUAUAAAAUUGAUCAAUAAUUUUAUGUGAUAUGGAUGUGCAUAUGCACAUUUCUGCAGAUAUUUAAAAGUUUCAAGUAUAGAAAAAUGAGCGAAUCUGAAUCUGGGUAAACCUUGUUCAGCUGCCAGGGGAAAGUUUGUGCUGCUUGCUAGGCUUUUUUUGUGUAUUUCACACUUACAUAUACACACACACACAGUUACAUGCUGGACAGAUACCAAUGACGAGUGAGGUUGUUCUUUUUUUUGUUGUUUACCAUCAGUCCAUUUUUUUUUUCUCCCCCCAAAACCCAUUCUGUAAUCCUGAUCAGUCCUGUUAGCCUAUUUCUGUUUCACAUUGUAUAGGGGUCAGUUGUCCAGUGCCUGCCUUGUGUCACACUGCAAGCUCAGCCAUUCCCGUCUCCUAGUUUUUGAAAAGGAGGCUGCCUUAGGAUUGGGUACACCUAUGUAGUCUGCGUCCCUGUCCCUUUGACAGCCUGCUCUGCGCGGUCAGCCUGUCUGUACUCUACAUGUUGGAGCUGUGUCGAUGAGCUUUGAAGACGAUGUAUCCGAGUCACGGGCUGGAUGUUUCAUCAUUUUGUUCACUGAAUGGCUGGCGUUCCUAGAAGUGGAAUCCUGCUUCUGCAUGGCAACACAACCUGAUAACCUUAUGAGUGCACACAAAAAAACCGAAUCAUGUUUGCUUUUGUUUCAGACACCUUUAAUCAUCAGUCUUAUUCAUAAAUUGUAUUGACUUGAUUUUUUUUUUUCCCCAUUUAAGAAUGUUUUGUUUUUUCCCCCCAUUUUCCCUUCUUCUGACUUCCCCCACCCAUUUGUCAUCUGAAUUGAUAUUUGAAAAAUAUGACCCAAGUUAAAGCACAACGAUGAAUAAAGUUGUAUAAGUUCUAUGCUUAUAUGCUCAUAUUUUUUCACAUCUUUGACAUUCAUCAGCCACAGUUUCCACACAGUUAACAACACACUGGGCCUGAAGUGAAUAUAUAUAUAUUUUCAUAAUUAAUGCAGCCACCAUUUCACUGGCCUUACCUCCCAUAAGUAGUUCUCCCUGAGAGGCGAACUCUGACGUGUAUCACUUGAGCCGUUAAAUAUGUUUAAUACUUGGAAUAUGCACACACGAACUUGGCUGUUGAAUAAAGCGAGGUACUGAAGCUUUCUAGAGCAGGUUCCUUGUACAGACGUUCUGACGUCUCGCAUCCUGACACGAGGCUGUCGGGACACUUCCCUAACGGGACAGCACACCAUGCAGUUAACCUCCAGUUAGGGUCGUUCACCUUUUUCCCCACUCGCACUUCACCACAGACUCGUUUCAGAUGGUUUCCUUCUUUUUUCUUGCACUGAUGGCAAAGCCUAAGUACUCGACGCACAUAUGCUAGGCUGAUUUAUGUGUCCUAUGUGUAAAUACGAGCCCUUAGCCAUGGCUAUGUUUUGACCAGAGAUUUAUAUUUCAGGGCUACCCCUUUGUCUUCUUUUUGAGCAUUUCAAUUUGGGUAUUUGAACUGUCUAUGUAAAGAGGAACGUGCCCCAAAAUGAAACCAAAGUAUGCAGAACCUAUAUAUAUAUAUAUAAUGAUAUUAUUGCCUCUUGUGAUUGUUGUAACAUAAAAUGUAAUAAAUAUGAGUAUUCUUUGGUCCAGGGGUCUUCGUUACACCACUUGGACCUCUGAAUUCAGUUCGGUCAGCAUUCAUUAUUCAGUCAUUACUUGUUUUAGAAAGUUGGUUAUUAAAAUUCAUACGAAGUACUUACUCCUAAAUGUUGGUUCAAAUGUACCAAUGCCUAUUUUGUCAGAACUGUUGCACUCAUUGUGUCAAUGUUUUAAUCUCUCCCUCCCUUACACUCCUUGGAAAUUUGAAAAUAGAGAUGAUGUGAACCAUGCACAUAAAAGCUGUGGGUGGAAGGCUUUAUGUUGUACCAGUUCAACCCUGAGACUUUGUUUCUUUUUCAUUUUCUCAAUAUGAAAGUCGGGGAAAUGUCCUGGCGUAUAGCUUCAAUGAUGUCUCUUCUGUUUGGUUUGUGCUUCCUAACACUUGUGUCUGCUGAGAGCUUGACGUGUUGGGAAAUCAAGCUGAAAUACAAAGUAUAUGCUGUCUCUGAUCCUCGGCUUUCAGCGUUUUUUUCUUUCUUUUUUUUUUCUUCUUUUUUUUCUUUUGGGGUCAACUUUUCCAAUAAAAGAGAAACUGUGGCAAAGAGGUGUUUCUACUGUAGUUUAGUCCGAGGACUGUGCUUGGCUUCUAAAAUAUGAGGCUACUGUAUUUGAACAAUGUAGUCUUUCCUCUCCUCUGGGCCUCCUCACUCGAGGAAUGUGCACUGUAACCAAAAGCAAACAUGAAAUAAAGGAGAAACUGA